UGUAAGACUGUGUAUUUAUAUCUACAACCCAGCUUCGGUUAAAUGACCAAAAAUUUGAUGAGAAUAUGCAAAGACGACAACAACCCAGCUGUUUUGAUCGAGUUAAAAUGGGUUUCAUGAUAGGAUUUGCCGUCGGGAUGAGUGCUGCAGGGCUAUUUGGCACAUACGCCGCGCUAAGGGCAGGUCUUCGUGGUCGCGAGUUAACCAGUAUGGUUGGUAAGUCUAUAGUACAAGGUGGUGGUACAUUUGGUGUAUUUAUGUCAGUUGGUACUGCUAUAAGAUGUUGAAAAAGAGGGGGAAAAUCGUCAAUAUGUUUGUAGAACUUGGCUCAAAUUUCAAACAGUAGUGGACAUUAAAUAUAUCAUGCCAUGCGUAUACAUUUCUAAAUCUUGUAAUCGACAAAAAAGAUGCUAGGUUCCUGAUGUUAUGGUGAAAUUGAAUUCAGGAAAUAAUAAUCCCUUCUUGCAUUAUUGAUAUUAAGACUACAUGCUAAGAAUUUUUGUAUUUAUUGUCGGUAAUAUCUGCAAGGAUCAAUGGCUCGUACUUUAGGUUGAUAGAGUCAAUACUACAUGAAAAACUAUUAUUUUUGUCAACUGUUUAUAUGAGACAAGCAAAGUUUAGAUGUAUUUUAACUACAAUCAAUAAUGAUUUGUUGCAUCAUCCUGAA